ACACCGUUCCUACCUGCGGGGGCCACCACGGGCGACAGCGGUGGGGAACUGAGCUCCGGGGACGACUCUGGUGAUAUGGAAUCCUUCCAGACCCCCGAGGCCGAGGCGACCCGGAGCCUGGCCGAGCUGUUUGAGAAGGCUGCCGCACAUGUCCAAGGCCUGGUUCAGGUGGCCAGCAGGGAGCAGCUUCUGUACCUGUAUGCCAGGUACAAGCAGGUCAAAGUUGGCAAUUGCAAUAUUCCUAAACCAAACUUCUUUGAUUUUGAAGGAAAGCAAAAAUGAUGGAGAAAUAUCAGUGAAUAUAAAGGAACAAGAGAAUUAUGCCAUGGAGGCAUGGAAAGCCCUCAGUGACUCAAGCCCUAGCCAAGCAAUGCAAGAGUAUAUCGCGGCAGUUAGAAAACUAGAUCCAGGAUGGAACCCUCAGGUAUCAGAGAAGAAAGGAAAAGAAAGCAGUAGUGGCUUUGGUGGUCCCGUCGUUAGCUCUCUAUAUCAUGAAGAAACAAUCAGGGAAGAAGACAAAAACAUAUUUGAUUACUGCAGGGAAAACAACAUUGACCAUAUAACCAAAGCCAUCAAAUCGAAAACUGUGGAUGUGAAUAUGACAGAUGAAGAGGGUAGAGCGCUGCUCCACUGGGCAUGUGACCGAGGGCAUAAGGAGCUGGUGAAAGUCUUGCUGCAGUACGAAGCCGGCAUUAAUUGUCAGACUGAAAUCAUGGCACCCCGGCAUGCAUGCUCAGACGGCACCAGUCGGCCAGAACUCUCCCUGCUGCCCGCCGUUGACAGGCCUGAGUGCUCCAGUCUCCCACCAUGCAGCUUCUCUAUGACCAGAGGACCUCACGCUAAUGUUUUCUGCUUGGUGGCAUUCAAGGUAUUAGUAACCUGUGGCAUUGGGGUUAGUAACAUUUGAGGUGUUAGUAACUUGGUGGCAUUAGGGUUAGUAACCUGUUGUUUAGAAAGAACAGCCUUGCUUUUCAGAUACUUCGUUUUCAGUUUCUGUUUUGCUGCUUGAGUAAAUCAUAACAGGAACUACUAAAGAUAGAGAGAAAUGGGCUGAUCAUCUGGUUCAACAUCCGACAUGUACAGACAUUUCAGUGCUCAACAUCCAAAGGUGCUUAGCCCAACUAGCCCCUGAACAUUUCUCUUUAACUUACAAAGUAGCCUGUGCCAUUUUAGAAACUCUAAUUGUUACAGAUAUUUUUUCUGUAUGCUGGAUCUAAGUCUAUCACUCACAUGCACACAGUCACGAAGUCCUUGGGUUCAAAGAAGACAAGCCAAACCUCCCUCUCUCCUGUGACAACCAUUGUUGUAUUUGAGGACAGUAGUCAUUUCCUUCCUAAGUCACCUAAACUAAUCCCACCAUUCCACUUGCACAGUGAAUCAGUGUCCUUUCUUAAACAUGCACUCGACCUGUGUAUGAUAUAAGGCAUCUUCCCAGUAGCACCAAGCAGAGUGGAGCUGUGGAGCGGUGGGUGGACAACAAGGGCAGGCAGGCGGCUGCCUUCACCCUUGCUCUUGUUUAAAGUUUGCUUAUGAAGAAAUGUCCUUAGCUAUCUGAAUGAAUGGUUUUACAACAAAGCAUUACACAGAUGUAUCAUGUUAGUCUGAUUUCAGCCCAACCAGCUAUAUAGGGUUUUUGUAGGCUUUGUAGCCAGCCUUUAUUGUAGCUUUAUUUUAACUACUUGCCAUCUUUUAAAAAAAAAAAAAAAAAACUUUAGAAGGUUAAAAAAAAAUGCAGAUCUGAUCUGAACACAUCUUGUUUUCUUACUGGUGUAAUGGCAUUUGUCAGUGUGGUCAUACGUUUUAAUUUUCUGGGACUUGCAGACUUAAUCCCAUGAGCUCACUUCUAAUUCAGGAAAGGGUAUGAGCUGUCUGUGUGGUUCAAGAUGCCACUCAAGGGCUUCUCCUUCCAGUGGAGCUUUCUAAUGGGAUUCAAGGUUCCUUCUAAGGGUGAGCAUUACAGAACCUUCCCGGGCUGCUGUGGGAAGGAUUAUAGCAUGGGUUCAAGGACACGUGCAAGGUUUAAUGUGCGCGGCGUGCCCCUGCUCUUCCGCGCCUGCCGGCUGUGAUUGGCAAGGUUAACUCUGAGAGGCUGCAGCUCCUUAGUGAUUUGAUUAGACCAGCACUCUGGUCCUCUCACCCCUCCCGCCUAGAGAGCCACACAGCACUCUGUCUCUACCUGCUGAUAUCCUUUUUCUCCCAUCCCAUUUCUGAAUCACAUUUGACAUCAUGUGAAGCAAAAUGCAGAAUUCAAACAUAAAGUAACUUGUCUUUCUGAAACUUUAACAUGACUUUCAUUUUGACUAAUGGCAUAAGAAAAUACAGGAUCAUCAUCAUUUAUACUAGCAACUCACAUAGACUGACAGAUGUCAUUCCACAUACCUCCAUCAAGACUAGGUUUGUGCAAAUGAGUUAACCUCACAGCAGAUGUUUAAAAUAUUUUUAAUUACAAAAGCUUCAGCAAUGCUAAGAUAUAAAGGUAAGCUCACUGUAUUGGACACUUCUAUCACCGUCCUCCGGUUUCAGCAACUCUCUCUGACCAGUCUUGUUCAGUCCUUACUGCUGUCCUGCAGCAAAGAAAAGCUAUGGACACCAGAUGGAAAAAACAUGCAAGUGGAGAUUGGAAACAGUUUUAGUAGGUGUACAUAUUUGGAAGUGCUAACCCUAGCUAGCCUGGGACUUGUGUAGACUAGGCUGGCCUCCUCCUCGGAGAGCUGAUGGCCUCUGACUCUAUAGAGAGCUAAGAUUAAAGGCUUGUAGAAUUCUUUUUAACAUGCUCCCUUAUCUCCAGGUUCAGUUUGUUUCCCUCUGAUUGCGUAUUACCUUCUUUUUAAAGAUGGUGCUUUUUUUUUUUUUUACUGAUGUUGAUACAUUUGGGAGACUGAGUGUCUCAACUUUAAAGCCCUACAACUCAAAGUCUUAUCUGGAGCUUCUAAAUUAUUAUUACUAGCAGAAAAAAAAAAAAAAAAGAACUACCAUACCACAUACAGAUGACAGAAUAAAACAGUAGUUUUCAGGGAAUAAGAUACUGGUAUUUUUUUUUAGAUAAUAACUAAUUAUUAUCUAAUUAUUUUUAAAAAGCAUACCUUCUGAAAAUAUGAAAAUGGCCGACUGGUACAUGAGCACAGGGUGAUCUUUCCUCAGCAUGCUGCGUCACCUCCUUUGUCAGCUGGUACUUCACUCAGUCUCUUCAUGGUACAUCUAUGGUCAAAGCAACCAGUAAGCCAUGUGUGGUGGUGGAUACUCGUAACUGUAGCAGGUUGAGGCAGAAUGUUCUUGAGUUCUGAGCUAUGAAUCAGUACCCUGUUUAAACAAACAAACAAAUGGACAAAAAACGAACUGGAAAAUGGCACCAGCAACCUGAAGGAUUUCUCCACAAAGCCAUCUCACUGGUGACUUUCAUACUGUCCAGACUGUACGUAAGCCAAAAGUAUUUUAAGAUUUAUUUUAUUAUUAUUUUGUUUUUGUUUUUGAAAUAGAAUCUCGGUAUUUGGCCGGUCUCUAACUUUUAGAUAUCCACCUGCCUCUGCUGGGUGAGUUCUGGGGUUGGUUUAUCUUUAUUUUUAAUUGUUUAUGCAUGGGUGUCUCUGUGAAGUAUGUUCAUGCACAGUUGCCCACAGUGGCCAGAAGAGGGUGUCAGAUUCCC